AUGCAAUCGCCCGGUUUGAUCACGGGAGUCCGCUUGGAACCGGACUCGUCGGAUCCGGCCGUACUACGGGUCCGCAAAGGUACGUUACCAGUCGUAAUAUAUAGAGCUGUUCUCAGGUCAUUUGUCUGGAGCCGGGCCCUAAGUCUGUUAUUAAGGAGAUCGGGCCUACCAUACAAAUUGUCCAUUGAAAAUCAGGCCAAACACUAAAAAAACAAAGGGAUUUAGUUUGCCCGGGACCCGGCAAAGCUGAGUACAGCCCUGGAAAUUGAUCAGUCAUCGGUCGUUUACGCGACACAACUGUCUAUGUAAAGUUAAACAUGGCCAAAAAAAUAAAAAUACAAAUUUUUUUAUGUACCAACAAUAUAUAUUAUAUAUAGUAUAUGGUAUGUAUACAUUUUUAUUUGUAAUUCGAACCGCCGAUAUCAAGGGAAUCAUUAAAUGCUAAUAUAAUAGUAUUAUAUGCAUUAAACAAAUGCACCCAUACACAAUAAUUAUAAUUUUGAAGAAAUUCGGUAACCUAAAACAUUAAGCUAUUGUGUAGAAAUCUACAUAAAUUUGAUUCAGUUUGAAUGUAUAUUAUUUUAGGGAUAAUUUUAGCCCAAGUAUCUCGCAAUAGCGUGCGUUCCAAUGCGUACACUUUUUAAAAAAUGUUUGAAUCGAUGAAAUAUAUUUUGUUUUUAAAAUUAUUAUUUUCUUUGUAACUUCUUACAAAAAUAACUGAAAUAUUUCAUACAUUUUUUAAACACUCGCUGUCAACCAAAUCAAUAACCGUAGGUAACUAUUAGUAACUAUACGGACGAACGUGAACGACGGGAGGAUAUGAAAUGAUAAAAUUAUGUUUAAAAUUCUAAAACCCAAACAACGAACAAAAUGUCUACGGUGCUACUCGAAAUUUGAAUUGUGUGAUUGGCUAAAUUAUUUCGGAACGGUCCGUUGCGAAAAAUCUUUAACUCCCAGUGGGCCAAUCCAUGCCCCCGGUAUAUUCCUGCUGUGUUCCGCUCUCCAAACAGUCACUCUUAAUAUAAACAAGCACGUGUAGGCAAAAGCAAAUCCCAGUAAAGACGCAUGGAGGCACGAUGCAAAGAUGUAUCUGUUUGAAGAGCAAAGGAUUUGAGAAUGCACUUCGAAAACAACAAAUCAGUUUAUUGAUUAAUCGUGGCCAUUAUAUUAACUCUAUUUGCAGUCAUUUUUUUACAAUAUAUUUUUCAAAAAUAGACCACUGGGGGAGUUAAAGGUUUAAUGUGAAUAACUGUGAAAUUUAUUUCAAUAAAUACAAUUUAACUUAAUAGGUAUAUAAGCAAAUAUAGUAUAACUACUAACUGGUUGUUAAUUUAUAAAUAAUUAUUUAAACGUAUUCUACCACGUGAUUAUUUGCAGAACAAAUUUUAAAUACUUUUUAUUCUCAAGUAUGAUACAGGGUCAAUUUCACAGUUUUUGUUUUCCAAUUUAUCGGAUUUAUCAAACAAAAUGAGGUGUCCACGAUAGUCAUUUAUGUGAAUACGAUACUAAUUUUAUUCAGUAUUACAUUAAUUCCCUAUAUUUUAUACGAAUACGAUGGAUAAUAAUAAUUAUACCCUAUUAAAAACCUAUAAUCGCGUUUCAAUAAUUUGUUAAAAGAAAAGAAUAUUGUUGUAAUAUAAUAUUGUAUAAAUCUAUAUAGUAUACAAAGUAAUCAAUUAUCAAUAAAACAGUCGUUAUUAUCUCGGGAAGUAUUUAAUUUUUUCGGAAUUUUUUUGUUGAUAGUUUUAUAAUUUAACUUAUUUUUGGAAUUGAAACCACUGCUCACAUGAUUUUCAUAUAAUAACAUAAAUCUAAAUAUGUGAACUAAAUUACAUAUUUUUAUUUACGGAAUUUUUAAAUUAUUAGGUUGCCAUUUGAAAAUUAAAAUUUAGUAGUCGUAUCACUCCACAGAAUAACAGUAAUGUAAAAUUUUAGUGCUGCUUGUUUCUUAGAUUUUCCAGAACGAAAAAUUCCGAAAAAUGUAUUAUAUUCAACAAUUGAUCACCCUGUAUAUCUAUGAUCUUAUCGGGUACCUGUUCUUUUUUUCUUGUUUCACCCUUUUUUGAUGAGGAAACAACGACUAUAUAAUAUGACUGAAGUAACGUCAAACAUGUAUAUUCUUUUCAAGGAGGUAAUAGUAGCAAACAUACCCGUGUAUAAUAUGAGAUUAUAUGGCACCCGUCUGUAUCGUCUCGUCGAUGUAGGUAUAAUUUUUGAUUUACGACCUAUUAAGGCCUUCGAUUUAUCUUCAAUUUACUUUUGGUUUUAAAGAUUACAGGCGUUUUAAUAUCGAAACAAAUAUAUAUAAAAAAAAAAACUAGGCCUUUUAAUUUUUACGACGACGACGACGUUCAAAUUGUUUAUCUAUAUACUCAUAGGUACUUACAUCUAAUUAUUCACCGCGAUAAGAGCAAAAUAACUUAUUUCAAUAACAGAAAAUUAUAUCAUACAGAAGUUAUUUUUUUUUCUUCUAUUUACACACAUUGUUUAUUGUUUAGUGGCACCGAAUCUAUAUAGCCGAGUAAAAUUCCUCGCCGUACGACCAAUCAUCGAUGUAAUAAUAAUAACGCAUGCGGUCUACAGAGUGAUUAUUUUUUUACACUCAUUAUCGCGGAAAGUAUUAACUUUUAUCAAUAUUUUAUGUCUAAUAAAUUAUUAAUAGAUAUUUGCGCGGUCCAAAAUAUUACCUUUGCGAAAUUUACUUAUUUCUCCAAUAUGGAAAUUGUGUUUCUAUAAUAUAUUGUUUUUCGAAAUCAAGCACUGGCAUAUAGAACGACAAUAAAUCUCAUCUCUAUAAGUACCACAGGCUUAAAUCUCCAACUCUAGUCUUGGCUCUUGGUUCGAAUCUAAUAUGUAGGUGUAAUCACGUAGGUAUCGUACGAAUAUUAUACGAUACAUUUACGAUGGAAUACUCUCUAAUCGGAAUUCUAGGAAAUUUUCAUAGCGCAUGGCAAAGGCUUUAGGGACGAUAUUACCAUAUUAUACGACUUACAUAAUACUCUGAAUGCCGAUAAAUUAUAUAUUUCAAUUAUUACCAUAAUUUAAGUAAGAGGUCGACGGGUAUUCGGGUCAAUAGGUCAAUUCCACGAGGAGUGAGGGAAUACUAAAAUAUUCGAUGAGACAAACUUUGUCGAAAUGAAGACUUCAAAUUGUAGAUAAUAAUAGAAAUUAUAUGUGAGGUAAAAAUGUAAAAUUGUACGUGGAGGUGGGGUAUAAAUGUCCUCCUACCCUCAGGGAUGUACCCUAGUCAAAAUUAAUAUAAUAUUAUACUUAUCAUAUGACAUAAUAUAUUAUAUUGUGGCGCCAAAAGAAGAGAACUUCUGCGUGUAUACAUUCCUUUAACCAAUUGGAAAGCUAAAAAAUCUCGAUAAAAAAAACAAUUUAUUUACGAGUAUGUGAUGACUAACACUGGCAUAACCACGGGGUGCUAUAAUACCCCCUUUUUUCCCAUCGAUAGUAUUUUUAACACAUUUUGACCAUAAUCAUUUCAUAUUUAUAUCACUUUAGUAUUUAUGUUGUAUAAUGUAUUGCAUAUUUUUAGAUUCUGACCGUAGUAAAGAAUAUAUUAGUUUUAUUAUAAUGUAUUUUUUUUUAUUUUUUUUUCAACUGUUAUUUUUUAACAAUUUUUCUACCAGAAAUCUUACUCAAAUUGCAAAUAAAAAUCAAAAAUGUGUGAGUAGAAAAUUGUAUAUUAAGUUGGUGCAGAAGGUCAUAUUUUGAUUUUCCUAAUAGUUAACUUCAUAAUUUGAGCAAAAAUAUGUCGGAAAAACAGGAAUAUUAUUUAUGCAAUAACAAUAACAAUUUUUUUAUUUUAUUUUUUCAUUGUGAUUCAGUUGGAAAUAAUCGUAAUGAUAUCACAUUUUUAAUAAAUAUUCUUGAAUACUUAUAUUAACCCUAUUUAAAUUUGGUGCAAUUUUCACAAAAUUCUGAACAUUUUUAAAGUAUUUAUAGUUAUUAUAAAUUAGUUUUUUAAUUUUAAUUUGGUUUUUUAUGGACAAUAUUUUUUGUAAUUUAUUUUUUAAUUAGUAACAUACUGUUGCAUAAUGUUCUUUUUGUGUCCGGUGCUGGACGAAAAUUUACAAUAUAAUAGUGUAAUAAUAAAUCUCGUGUAUGAUCCAUUAGGUUGUUACAUCUAUGGCUUUUUCAUUAGCUGCUGCUAAUAGUCUAAUUUACGUAAAUAUAAGUACGAAGCUAUACAUAUUAUAUUAUAAUUAUGGGCCAUCGAAUGAUUCCAAAAUUCUCCUCAUCCCAGUUGGACAAUUAAUAUUCUUAUUUUAUUUUUCCAGCAUUUUGGAAGACCAGACAGAUCGCCGCACACCAAAACGAUCGAGACGUGUACAUUAGACGUACAAUCCAAGAAAUGUUCACGUACGGUGUUUUCGCAGCACUGUUCAUCGUCUGUAAGCUGGAAACUAAUCGAAUAAAUACUCUGCGUGACUUAAUCUAAGAAUUUCCCCUAUCUACUGUCUAAUAGCCGAAUUAAUUUUGUUAACAUUUAUUUUUAAACAAAAUCAUAAGUAGCAUAAAAUCUUUUCUAAUUGCAUAAAAAUGCGUAAAACAAUACGACCAAGACACAAGUAAACGAAUUAGAUACAUUUCCCACCGUAAGCGCCAUGUAAUCGAGCACGCGUUGGGAGUUGGGAUUUUAAUUUAAUAGUAACUAGUAAUUUUCUUCAAAAAAUAAAAAAAUGAAUUUGAACAUUGUGAAAAAUGUCCUUAGAGCAGCAAUAUAUAAAACAGUUUUAAACUUAGGUAAAAACGAAAUAUCUUUUAAUAUUUAAAUAAUUGGUAUUCUUAUAUGUAUAGAUAAUAUAUUGUCAAAUGCGCAAGUCGUUUAUAACUUUAUCAACUUAUAUAUAUAAGGCAGGUCCAUAUGAUUGGUGUUCGGUAACUUGCGGGUGUAGGCCAGGUGUGCAAAUAUGUGCUGAUAAUAAAUUAAUGGUUACAGCCAGUACGCGCUAUUGUUUUAUGUUUGAGAGACUUUUAGCGCCACAGCACUCGAUUAUUAUUAUUUUUUUAACGCAGUGCCCGAUUUCAAGGCCUACCGACCGUCAGAAUAAUUCAACCGACACAAUAACUGCCGCAUAAAAAUAACAAUAACAAUAGUAAACUAACCGCAAUUUUCGGCAGGUUGUUCCGAUCUGUAUUCGCGCGAUACGUACGUGGUCAACCGAGAAAUUUCCUCGUUGUUCUUGGACUUAGGUUUCGCCUCGUCCUCGGAAAACGACGAGAUGGUCGACGUGUCGUUCAUAAAAUUCAACGAGAUCAUCACCAUGGAAAACUUCUGGAAGGUACGCGACCGCGGAAUAACGCGGCGAUUCGCGAUGAAACGCUCAAUGUUUCAACAUUAUUUAUAAACAAUAACAUUGUAUUAUAUUGUACGCCCAAUAUUAUAGUACUUUUAUCACGUUCUGUGCGAAAAACUGUACGAAUUGCCGGUCGGAGCAGCGGGCGAAAACCAAGGAAACGGUACCGAAAUACUGUACGAGAACAAAUUCCUGUACAGGCCCAGGUCGAGACAGGUGAAAAUUAUUAUCAUAGUAACGGACCAGACAAACACGUAGCGCUCGAGUUACUAAACAUAAUUGUUUUAUAAAAUAUUAUUAAUAUUAUUGGACAGUAUUAGGACGUGUGUUAUAGUGUCGGUGUGACAUAUUCAGCGAUAGUCGGGAUACUUGUCUGUCUCUCACUCUCUCUCUCUGUCUGGCAUACUCUCAAUUGGUCUAUUUCAGAAAACAUCGUGACAAUAUUAUUAUAUUAAUAAUAAUUACAUAUUAUUGUUGUGUAUCUGUAAAUACAGAAUUAUGUGGUUUUAAGAAGUAAAUCCCGCGGGAUUUGAGAGCCGCCGUACCCAUUUAGAGGAUUACGUCGGGCUCUGCGCGGGAUUCCCAGUAUAAAUACUGCGCUCGAAUCCUCGACGCGCAUCGCGACCGACGGCUGCGGCUUAUUCCGCGUAUGGUCUGCGUGCGUGCGCGCGUUUUUCGAUGCCGAUAAUUAUAAUAAUAUUAUGUUGGUGUUACACUGAUAUUAUUGUUAUACAGUACUAAUCGGACGGUAUUUUUUUCUCCGCUGUCCGUCGUAUCCAAAAUAUUAUAUCACAGUAUAUUAUAUUGCACGUUAAUCUCGGUAAAAUUCCGUACACGGAUUUAUAAAACGUACGCCUCUAUCAGUGCCGUCCGUUUUAACAUUAUUAUAAUAUUAUUACGUCCGUACAGGCAGGAACAGUUACUGACCCGGUGGUCCACUGGCCCGUAUUGAAAAAGUGGGCCGGGUUAAAAAGGAAUACAGGAAGUUUUAUCCACGUGUAUCGUGUAAUGUUGACGUAAUUUAAACAAUUUUCGUCGAAUUCGAACUUAUGACGAUAGUAAAACAGUUGGGGAGGUGUGUUUUCAAUGUCUAACUUUACGCGGCGAUUAAUCAAACGAUAAAAGAUCCUGAACGAACAUAUUUUGAUAAACUUAAAUUUAAAACUGCAUUAAUUUGUAACUAUACAAAAUAAAUUACAAUUGUUCGUAUCUUUAACGAAUUCCAUUUAUAAAUUUGAACUUCAAACGCUCAUUAAAUUAAAUUCAUGAUUAAUAAUAAAAAAAACUGUAUCCAUAAACAACAAAAAAAAAACCUCGAAAAUUGCAUAUAAUUAAACAACUCAAAAUAUAAUAGAAUAUGUUGGAAACAGUUCAACGUAUAAAAAGUAUAAAUUUAUGUAUAUGCAAUCGGUGAAAGUUCUGUACAGUUCUGUACGAUUAAUGUUUAUUUUAGACUAAAUUACUAGAAAAUAACAGAAACCAUUGUUGCGUAAAUAUUGCGUAAAUGUAUGUUUUUCCAUAGUUAAAAAAAAAAAAAAACAGUUAAAACAGUUUUUAUGUUUAAAGACACUUGCUCUCUCUUAUUAAAUAAGUGCAAUUACAUGAUACGCUCUACUUAUAUAUUAGGUUAGAGUGCAAGAAGGACAUUGCAAAAUCAGAAACCAAUUCAAAGGUCUUUUCCAAGAAUGUUACGUCCCGUACGAGAUCAAAUACGAAGACAAGGCGAGUUUCGGACCGAAAAAAGGAACUCAGUAAGUUAUAUAUUUUAUUAUCGAAUUUUCGCAGAAAAUAUACAGGGACUAUUUUGUUUAUUGUAUAUGUCUUUUCUCUUUACUUUUGGACACUUUUAAGGUUCCUUAUGAGCUCAAAAUUGAGAGUUACGAUAGUUUGUUUUAUAGACGUAUUGAAGUGAUAAUAUUUUGGUUGAAUUCCAAUAUAAAUGUCACCAAUCACUGCACCAGUUUUCAAUCCUACAAACUAAAAUUUAAUGAACUUAGAACUUCGAACGCUCCGAUUAUUUAGAAAUAAUUUAUUUCUAACAAUUAUUCGUUACUACAGUUUAUAAAUUAUUACGUAGUUACGCGUAAUCCAAUUUAAUAGGUAUUGUAAAUGUCGUUUAUGUCGUACUUGUAUAGCUCGAUUUUAAUUUUUUUUUAUAAUAUGAUAUUUCAGCUUAUUACAAUUUCACCAAAAAAAUACAAGGUUACAAUUAUUUUUUUAAAAGUUAUUCAAGUGGAUAAAACGAUCAAAACGAAUUAAUUAUUAUAUAGACUUAACAUUUAGUUAAUUAUAUUCUGAUGUUUAGAUGGACGUACUCCGACGAUUCGGUAACCCAGGGUGUAUUUUAUGAAGGCGAAAUCGCGUACUACGGAGCCGGUGGAUACUAUUUCGAUUUUCCAAAAGAUAAAUCGGAAGCCCGAAAGUUUAUCAAGGAUCUCGAAUACAACACUUGGUUGAAUCGUGGCACCAGGGCCGUAUUCGUGGAUUUCGCCAUUUACAACUGCAACAUAAACGUCGUUUGCGUCGCCAAGUACGAACGUAUUUCAUAUAAUUUUAUAUAAUUUCAAUUUUAGAUUCUGAAAUUUAUUAUUUUUACAAUGAAGUUUAUUUUUUUUUUAUGUGAAGACUUUUUCUGAAAGAAAAUGUUCUCUGAGUGGUACUUUAAAGAGGAAAUUUUUUUGAAUUCUUAUUAAUAUUUGAGAUAAUGAAGAAAACUUCGGUCUUUAGGUUAAAAAAGAUUAAAAGAUUAAAAAUAAUGUUGUCAUUGGCAACCAUUUUUAUUUAUUUUUUGUUAUUAUUAAGUUUUUAUUAUCUUAAUCUUUUUUAAACAAUUAUUGUUAUGAUGAAAACGUACAUUAUUGUAAUCAUUUUAUCAUACUAUGACAUAUACCAUAUAUUGUGCUGUUGACAAAGCAAUACUAUCAACUGAACUCCUCUCAGAAUCGUUUUCUCGUUAGCAAUGGUUUAUCAUUGCUUACAGAUAUGUAUUAAAUUCCCGUAUGUACCCUAACUUCCCAACUUCCCACCAACAGUGGCUUCACCUACAUGUGAAGUAUGUCCGUCCUUUUUUAAUAUUAAAUUUUGUAUGUAUAAAACGAUGUUGAUAUUUCUUCAAUAAUAAAUUCCCAAAGGUUAGUGUUCGAGUUCCCGGCGUCUGGUGGUAUUGUCCCGUCGUCAUCGUUCCGAACCGUAAAACUGUACCGGUACGCGGUCGCCGAUUCGUUGCUGGACCUGUUCAUGAUGCUCGCCGUCGUCGCAUUCUUGGUUUAUUUCACGGUAGAGGAGCUUAACGAAAUGGCCUACUUCCGACUAGACUACUUCACCGUGUUCUGGAACAUCAUCGAUUUCAGCAUCGUGGUUGUAAGUCUCGAACAACCUAAACUGUACGUUCGUCUAGCCUAUAUAGAGACUCUCUAUAUAGACUAGACCUAGAGAGCCUAUACGCCUAUACAAUAAUAGAGUGGUUAACUCAGGAAUAAGUUGAUUGUCUGUCAAGGAUAAAAAAAAAUCAGCAAUUAACAUGGUCUAUAUGUAUCUAAAUUAAAAUGUCAUCGUAAACCACUGUUCUACUAAUAUAUAAGCGUACAGUGUGUUUUUUUUUUUUAUUAACACGAAAUAUUUCUGUCUAGUGACUUCGAAUUGAAAUAAGAUUUUGAUUAUUUUAAAAUGUUUAGCAUUUUUUAUCAUACCAUGCGUGAUACAACUUGUAUUUUUUUAAAUGAUAACAUAUAUUUUAAACACAAGAUUUGGAUAAACUGAAUUUUUUAAAGUUAUUUUAACCUUUUAAUCAUUGCUCUAAAACCAAAAUUGACUGAAUACCAUAGCUUAACUUUCAAUUUAAAUCGAUUAAAGUAUUCAAAAAACUUAGAACCAAUUAACACAAUAUCUGUAAUUUCUAUUAUUUAUUUUAUAAAAUUAUUUAAUACUUAUAUCUUAUAAAUUGUUCGAAAUUUAUCCUAUCAUUAUCCAUACAUGACUGCAGUCAGCAUAUUAUUCAAUUUUGUCAACUUGUUUAAAGUUUUCUUUCAUAUGCCUCCUGAAAACCCCAUCUCAAUCUGAAGUCAUUGAACAGAGAACGGGUUACUUGAAUAGGAUUUCCUUUAAAUCUGAUUAAAUUACCGAAAUUUGACCGAAAUUUGAUGUCCGCUUUUUCACCAAAAUCGUUUUAUUUAAGUCCAUUAAAGUAGUAAAAACAUGAAAACACUAUAAAAACAUCUAGAUUUUUAAUCCAACCGUAUUUCCACAGUUAGGAUGGUGUAGCUUUGGCGUUGCGUUGGCGAUUCAUUUCAGGGAACCACCGUCAAAACUACAAGAAAAGGUUGUCACAGACAAGGCUGCAUCUCGGGGAACCAUGCGAUUUUUUGAAUACCUGGUCACCAGACAUGAAAUCCUCUUACAAGUGACCGCGUAUGCCUUUUUCUUGGUCUGCGUGAAAAUCAUCAAAUACACCGAUCUGAACAGAACGAUGACGAUCGUGUACUUAAGCGUGGGCCGGGUAAUAUAAAAAUAAAAAAGUAUAUAUUUAUAUAAAAACUAAUACUUAUAUAGCUUGGAUUUUAAUUCCCAGAGAUUUUUUAAGAUUGUUAAUUUAUAAAAAAAAUAACAACGUGGAAAAAAAAUAAAAUCCAGGAUUGUUUUACAGUAUAAAUAUACUUUAAAAUUAAAAAUAAAACCAACAUCAGUAGGGGAUUUGUUUAAUAUAAAUAUACUUGAAAUGUUGUAUAUAUGCAUAUUAUAAAUCGAAGUUUUCUGUGUUGCAGAGUUUCAAAAUCGUCGCAGGAUACCUAGUACUGAUGACUGUUGUCGUGAUCGCGUUCGCCAUGCUCGGAUAUUGCGCUUUCGGGGCACAGGUAAUAAUAUUAUAAUAUAAAAAAAACAUUAUUAAUGAUAUUAUUUUUGCAUAGGUGUAUUAAUAGGUAUGAAAAUGAGACUAAAAAGAAGGAUUAAGAUAUCCUAGUUAUAUCUAUAUAGAAUUGAUAACCUAUAUAUACUUGACUUCCGCUAAUCUAUGUUAAGAUGCGGAAAUCAAGGAUUUGAUUUGAAAUAAUCUUUCUCUUCAUCUGGUAUAUAAAUAUUAUUACAGGUAUUCGUAAGCGAUUUUGAGAAAUUACAUUUUUCAGACUAUUUCUUGCAUGUUCAUAAGUAUACUGUAAGAAUUUAAAACCACUGCAUUUUCGUACUAUACCAUAUUCCUCUGUAUAAAUGAUUCGAACGCAAUUUUUUUUUCUCCUCCAAUAAGAGUAUAUUAUCACACGCCAGAUAUUUAAGGAGUCACAUAUAGGCAAUUUUAAUGACUUUAUAGAAAAAUGCAAAUUUCAAAAAAUGGAUAUACUUCGUACUACAGAUGGGCCACUGUUGUAGGUUAGAAGUUAGAAAGGUAGGAUAUAGAAAGGAAUUUAAUUGAUAUCUACUAAUGAUUUAAUUGAUAUCUUACUAAUGAAAAACAAUUCAGAACGAAAUUCGGUUGUACAUGUUUUAAAAAGCCGUAAUAUUUACUAUUUUCAUCAAAAUUUGAUAUUCAAAUUCUUUUCAAAAACUCAUUUUUUUUUCACAAAGUACGACUUAUAAUGAACCUUCUGCUAAAUGUUCAAGCAUUUCUAUUUAGUUUAAUAUCUAUAUCCACAGCUAGAGUACCUACUAGUGAUGUAACAUAAAUCCGGAUUAUCUAAAAAUCCAGAUUUCGGAUAUUAGGCUCUACUAAAUCUGGAUUUCAAAUUAUGAAAUCCAAAUUUUGGGUUUGACAAUUUAGCUUUCUGUAUUGUAAUUUUAAAAAAAAUAAUUCAUUUGAUAUAAAAUAUAUAAGUAAAAUCUAAAUGUAGUUAUGAAAACUGUAUUAUAAGUAAUACAUAAAAGAAAUCGGAAAUAAUAAAUUUCGUACAUUUUCCCGUUUUUUCUACAGUUUAUCCCAAUUUUUCCCAAUUAUUACUAGAAGGUGCUACACUUGAUACAUCAGAGCAAGAUAUCUGGUAGAAAAGUUGUUCACAGAAUAAUAAAAAAAUAAACAUCAUUGUAAAACCGAUACAUUUCUCGCUAUACGCUCCGAUUCUAAAAUUAAAGACAAUAUAGCACCAGGGUUUAACAUUAAUGUGGUUUUUAAUUUACUAAAAUAAGGCCAGUCGUAUAUAUUCAAGACUUACUACUAAAUAGUGGUUUUGUUUUUACCAAACUUUAUAAUAAUAAUUUGCUCGUGAAGAAGAAAUUUAAUUUACGAUCGAUUUUUGUCCCGCAUCUUAUUAUAAGAUGAACUUGAAAUUUUGCAUGUGCUUUUCAAUUGUAAUAUAAUAAUCAAUAAUUAGAUUUUUCGUUUACAAAAGGAGUUAAAAAAUAGUUUUCGCUCCAUUUGGCUUUUCAAAUAUCCGAAAAUGUUUCAUAAAACUUGUUCGUAUAUCCUUCACUAUAAAUAAUUCGUGGUCACAUUUUCCUUUUUCACUCCAUAUGACUUUCCGAAAAAAUAAAUGCUGAAAUAUCGAAAACGGCUCAUAAAACUCUUGAUUGUAUGUCCACAAUGAAUAAAACCAUGCAUAGGCGUGCGCAGACCUAAAUUUCGGGGGUCGUUUACAAUAUUUUUGGGCUCUUUUCUUAAUGUUUCUUAAUAAGACAUGUAUAUUAAAUACAAAAAUAACAAAUUUAUAUAAUAACACGCACCUCUUACUUAAAUUAUUAAACUCGUUAAUAACUAAAUCUACAUAAAUAUUAAAGACCAUUUCUUGUUACAUGAAAAGUAAAAUUAAUGAUUCCAAACGAUCUUGGGCUAUAGUCCCUACUUUUAAUUUACUUUUCACGAUAUUUAAUUUUGAAAAUACCCGUUCACACGAACAACUAGUAACAAAAGUACAAUGCUCAUUGAAUCUAAUAUCAAUUUCUAUGAUAAUUUCAGUGUUUAUUUAUUGUUUGUAUUUUGGUAAACAAUAACAUCUAGCUUUUAUAACCAUAAUAAGUUUUUCGAAGCAAAUUUAAAAUAUUUUACGUUUUAUUAUUUUUUAAUCACGAAACAUGAUUUAUUUUUACCCCAUAUUAUAUUAGAAUACAUUACAUUUUAUUCUAGUAACAUUAGUUGAAAUACGAGCCCUGUGCUCUAAGACUUAAAUUUUAGAGCUCCAAUUACAAAAUGGCAGGAGGUACCCAGGCACACCUGACACCCCCCCGUGUGCACACCUAUGAAUUUACCACAAUACGGUUUUCAGAUUUCAUUCCUUUUGUCCCUUGUCAUCCCAUUUAUCUUUCGGAGGGGAAAUGUCGAGUAUCAAAAAAACGCCAAAUAUAAUUUUUGUUCAAAUAUCAUUAUCCUACUCUAUAAAUAAUCGUGAUCAGAUUUUCAAUUUUCUUAAUUUCGAUGAUAUAACAUAUACGCGAGAAAAUGGAACAUUUUUCAUUAUUAUUUACUUUUAAUUCGUUUUAUUAGUAUAGUAAUUGUAUUUAAACAUUAUUUAAUUUAUUUUUAUAGUUAAAAAAGGUAUACAUUUGUAUAAAUUUAUACUCAAUUAAAUAACAUUACUAGACUAUUUUACGCUAAAUCAUACUCGUUUCAAAACGAUUUUUCGACACAAGGUUUCCUUGUUCAAAAACGUUCACGCUGACAUCUUCUUAAGUGUAUUUAAAUAGUUAAUUAAUAAAUUAUAGUUUCAGCAGUUUACUAGUUUAUAGAUGCUCGUUUUUUCCUGCAGGUUAAAGGAUUCUCCACCGUGAACGAUUCGUUCCUAUCGUCGCUCAGAAUACUGAUGAGAGAUUUCGACUUUCGGUCACUCGAACAAGCAGACCAGUCGUUUACCGCGUUUAUUUUCGUCUUAUUCACGUGCGUUGUGAUUUUCGUUAUUUUAGUAAGUAUUUACCUACCUGUACACUUGCGUUUAUCACCUGCUUAUUUACUUGAGAGUUAACGCAACUCAUGUCGGUCUACCCACCUAAUCUUGGGGUUCAUUUUUUUGUUUGUUUUUCGGGCGGUCUAUUAGACAAUGCUGGUGGCGAUCGUUUUUCACGGCUACUUCGACGUGAACGUUGAGGAAUUGCUAGGUGAUCGGAAACGAUACGUUUGCGACAGCGUUUCGACGUACUUGGAAAAGGCACUCGAGCGAAUCGGGCUUAGAAAAUGGGUGGAACGACGUCAGGAAAAGAAGUUCAAUGACCAGCUGCAAGGUCAAAUGACCUACGAGGAUGUCUACAAGACACUUAAACGGUAUAUAACGAUAUAUGACCGGAGAAACAUAUAAAAUUCAUAAACGAAACUCAAAUGAGAGGGGACCUUAUUUAUAAUAAACAAUCAGUUUUAAAUUUCGUACUCCCGAAAAUAUAGUCUUUGUCAAAUAGUUCUUAUGCGUCGAUAUUUAAACUAUACAUUUUAUCGAGGAGUCAUCAAAUUUAAUAUGCCAACACAUAUUCUUUGAAUAAGCAUACUUUUGUAUUUUUGUAUAUCUUUCGUAAACUUUAAGCUACAAUUUGAGUAAAUACGUAAGAUGAAAAACAAAAUAAAUAAAAUGUAUACACUAUACAGGUAAUUAACUAUAACUAUAACUAUAUUUCUAAUACAGCUCGUGUUUUAAAGAUGUUAUUUUGAGCAACCUAGUAACAAAUUUAGCGAACAAACUGUUGUUUUGGUUAGAUUUUUGACAACCAAGGUAUAAAAAUCAAUAUACAAUAAAAAAAAUACGAUUAUUGUCUUCAGUUAUUGGCUGCAGUUUAUUGAUACAAUACUGCAGAGUAAACACAACUUUUUGACGACAUUGUAGCCAAGUAACAAACAACAACAAUCAACGCAACAAACAGUUUACUGAAAACUACUCCACCAAAACACACCUACAGCUAUUUAAUAAUAGUAAUCAAAUUUCACGUCUAUACAGGGUGAUUGAUCUAUCAUAAGGCACGGAUUAUUUCGGAAAAUAUUAACUAUUUUUAGAAUUUGUUUUAUAGAAAAUUUAAGAAACAAUAAGCGGCUCUACAAUUGUAAAUACUAUUAUUUUAAUACUUUCUGAGAUCAUUCAAUUUUCAGUAAACCCUUUUUUGCGUUAAUUGUUGUUGUUUAUUAUUUGGUUACAAUAUCGUCAAAAAGUUUUGUUUACUCUGCAGUAUUUUACCAAUAAACUGCAGCCAAUAACUGAAGACAAUAAUUGUAGUUUUUAAUUGUAUGCUGAUUUUUGUUCCUUGGUUGUCAAAAAGUAAAUAAAUUCAGUUAUUAAACAAUAGCUGUAAUUAGUAAACAACCGCCCAAACCAGUUUGUUCACUAAACUUGUUACUAGGUUGCUCAAAGCAACAUCUCCAAAAUACGUGCUAAUCACUUGAAAAUAGUUAUCCAAUAACCCAGGUAUUUGUAAGUAGUCUUUAAGAUUAAAAUAAUAAAUCAAUGAGGUCUAGGGAAAAGAAUCUUUAUCAAAUCUUUAUAUUUGAAAAAUAGCAGUAUAAAAAUAAAAAUAAUUAUCUAGUUGUUUUCUAAGAACUCCGAAUGCUUUUUUACUUCUUCAGUAUCUACAUUUUUAAGGAAUGUUUUUACUUCUUCUUUAAUGUUCCAAAAACGUUCAAUUACUCGACCUUUACUGAGCCAACGAUCAUGAUGUGUUGUAUUAAAUCCAAAUAAGCCGAAUUACAUUUACACAGAAAUUCAUUAAACUGCCUGUGUUAGAGAGAAGAACGAGAUCUGAUAAAAUUGAUUAAUUACUAUUACAGUAAUUAACAUAAUCAAGUACGAUGUAUAUACGGGGACCCAGAGUUUAACCUUUUAAUAUCCAUGUAAAUUUGAAAUACAUAUUUUGUAAAGAGUCGAUAAUAUAUUAAUAUAAGAAGGGCACAGAGAAAGAAGGGAAUUUUUGAAAAUUGUACAGCAGAGCAAAGCUUUUCUACAACUGGUCAGCUGCUUGAACUACGUUCCAUUUUAACCAAUAAAUCCAAUAUUUUAUCUUUAAUAUUAUAUAAUUAAAACUUGUGUUUACCAAAUAGAACGCAAUAUUUCGUAAGUCUCAAAACACUUUCAAAUAUCCAUUAUGUUAACAUUUAAAAAAUUGGCUACCUCCCAUCUACACAUGUGCACUUCGUAUAUGAUUAAUAUCAUUGUACCCUACAUACUAUGUAUAUUCAGCUGCGGUUUUACGAACUUCGAAGUGCAAAAUAUUCUCGACCAGUAUGGUAUCCAACGGCAAAAGACCGUCCAUGAAGAUGAAGCCAAACAGAUGUUCCGGGAUGUUCUCCGGAACAAACCUUCAACCAGUAGUAAUAGUAAGAUAAUUAUUUUAAAUAUUGUCAUUCUUUUUGCUCCGGAAUAUUAAACGGUCUAAAAAAUUAUCUUUCACCCUUACUAUAUAUAGGAAGGGAUUUAAUAAUUCCGUUGUUAAAUUGUCACUGUUACAUGAUAUUCAAAACACAAUAUACGUGUAGUAUAUUUGCUUUCUUUUAUUCUAUAUUUAGGAAUCAACAAAGAUAACCAAACUACGAAUCCCGACAUCUCGUCAGAUAUAGAAUGGCGAGUUAUGAAAAUAUCAUACUGUCAAACUUGA